GUGACGGAGCAGCCUGGUAACCGGUAACUAAAUGACCAUGGAAUCUGGAGCAGAGAACCAGCAGAGUGGAGAUGCAGCCGUUACAGAGGCAGAAACCCAACAGAUGACAGUACAGGCACAGCCACAGAUUGCAACGUUAGCCCAGGUAUCUAUGCCAACAGCUCAUGCAACGUCUUCUGCACCCACGGUGACCUUAGUUCAGCUGCCCAAUGGGCAGACAGUUCAAGUGCAUGGAGUAAUUCAGGCUGCCCAGCCAUCAGUUAUUCAGUCUCCACAGGUCCAGACAGUUCAGAUCUCCACUAUAGCAGAAAGCGAAGAUUCACAGGAGUCCGUAGACAGUGUCACAGACUCACAGAAACGAAGAGAAAUUCUUUCCAGGCGACCCUCCUACAGAAAAAUUUUGAAUGACUUGUCCUCAGACGCCCCAGGAGUGCCAAGGAUUGAAGAAGAAAAGUCUGAAGAGGAAACAGCAGCACCUGCCAUCGCCACUGUUACGGUGCCAACUCCCAUUUACCAAACCAGCAGUGGGCAGUACAUUGCUAUUACCCAAGGAGGAGCAAUACAGUUGUCAAACAAUGGCACAGAUGGAGUACAAGGUCUCCAGACAUUGACUAUGACCAAUGCAGCUGCAACCCAACCUGGCACCACUAUUUUACAAUAUGCACAGACCACAGAUGGACAGCAGAUACUUGUACCCAGCAACCAAGUUGUUGUACAAGCUGCCUCAGGAGAUGUGCAGACCUACCAGAUUCGCACUGCCCCUACCAGCACCAUUGCACCAGGCGUAGUCAUGGCAUCCUCUCCAGCACUUCCAACCCAGCCAGCAGAAGAGGCUGCACGGAAGAGGGAAGUGCGUCUAAUGAAGAACAGAGAAGCAGCACGUGAAUGUCGCAGGAAGAAAAAGGAGUAUGUGAAAUGUCUAGAAAAUCGAGUGGCUGUGCUUGAAAACCAAAACAAGACACUGAUCGAGGAGUUGAAAGCACUUAAGGACCUUUACUGCCACAAAUCUGAUUAA